UCGGGCUGGCACGUAUUCAUAUAAAUUAAGAUUCGUUUUCCCAGCGAGUCAGUUACAAGGCUUCGGUUGAAGAAAACACACAGUUUAACGAAGAUCUACUCUGCCGAUAAUGGACACGAUAAGCCGUUACUUAAUCAAUAGCACUACGAUAUUGGCAAUAGCCUUUGGCUUCUUUUACGUAUACGCAAAAUACAAACUGUCCUACUGGAGCAGACGCGGGGUCAAAACACCCCCGACGCACUUGAUCUUCGGCAACUUCAAGGAUGUGAUCAUGCUUAAAAAAGCGCCUGCAGAUCUGAUGUGCGAGAUGUACGAGAGUGCUGAUCCAGACGAUCCUUACAUCGGCUUCUACAUCUUUCACCAACCCAUGCUGCUUUUGCGAAACCAUGAACUUAUAAAGGAAACGAUGAUCAAACACUACAAUGUUUUCCCGAAUAGGCGAUUCGGUUCAGUUACUAAUGCGGAUUUUCUGGGCUUCCGUAAUCUCCUCGCUAUUACGUCACAACAAACGUGGAAAUUUCUCAAAACCAAAUUGACCCCGUCCUUGACCGGACAGAAGUUGAAGAUUAUGAUACCGUUAAUAACUAAAUGCAUAGAACCCAUGUUGAAAUAUAUUGAUGGAUUGCCAGAGAACGAGGAUAAUUGUAAGGAGAUUAAGGAUGUGCGAGAAAUUUCGACCCGUUACGUCAGCAAUGUUCUCGCCUCCGUGACGUAUGGCAUCGAAGUAAAUGCUUUCGAAGAAGAGAGCAGCGGUUUUUUCGAAGCAGGGAUAAACCUUUUCAGAGGUAGUAUGCGCGCCAUGGUACUCAUGAUUUAUUUCUUCGUUCCCAUGCUGAGUCCCCUAAUUGAACCGUUCACUAAGAGGGGUUCGAAAUAUUUCCGCAAACAUUUUGACGAGAGUGUAAAAUAUAGAGAAGAAACAAGAAGUAAGAGAGGAGAUUUGGUGGACUAUAUGAUAAUGCUCAAAAAUGGAAAACAACAUCCUGAUUUCAAAUUCGAAGGCAAUAACUUGGCAGCGCAGGCGAGCUCUUUCUAUAUAGCUGGAUUCGAAGCGAGUGGAACUUUGGCCGCAUGGGUAAUUAACGAGAUUACACUUAAGCCAGAAUAUCAAAAUGCAUUAUAUAAGGAGAUAAAGAAAUAUCAAUUGGAUAAAGAAAUAACUAUGGAAUCGAUUAAUGAGACGCCUUUCUUGGAUUGCAUUAUAAACGAAACAUUGAGAUUGCAUCCUCCUAUACCAGUCAUCGACAGAAUAGCUGAAGCAGAUUUUGAGAUAAAAGAGACUGGGUUGGUAAUCGAGAAAAGUGUCUCGAUAUACGUAUCUGUAAAUGCAGUGACUAAAGAUCCUAAAUACUUCAACGAUUCCUGCGAAUUUCUCCCAUUGAGAGAGAAGACAGAAAACAAGAAGUUCUACGAAUCAUUAGGAUUUGGCAUUGGACCACGAACAUGCAUAGGACAAAGACUGGCCAUAAUAAUAAUGAAAGUAAUGAUAAUCACGCUUGUUUCAAAUUACGUUUUCACUUACGAAAAGAGAAAUGUCGAAAAUGUCAAAAAGAAGAAGGGCGUUCAAUUCAUUCAAUACAUGGAUGAGAAUUUCCUUCUGAAAUUUAAGAAACGUGAGCUAUCUGAACAAGUGCUGUGAAAAAAUAAAAUAUAAAAUAAAUUAAUAACGCGUUAAGGGCCCGAGCGAAAGAACUCUGUGUUGACAGUUUCGAGUGGCAGGAAUACUAGUAUCAGGGACCUUUUCCUGAUAGUUUUAGGAAACCCCGCAUGAUAAUAAAUUUAUACUAGUGAAAGAAGUUACGUUUCAUGUUAUUAUUUCAUCGUUAAUUCACGUUGCAUAAUAACAUAAGAUAUAAUAUGGAAUAAUUUAUACUAGUGAAAGAAGUUACGUUUCAUGUUAUUAUUUCAUCGUUUAUUCACGUUGCAUAAUAACAUAAGAUAUAAUAUGGAAAUAAAUAAAAAUAUUAACAUGUAACGCUUUCAAAUUAUAACAGAGGUAAUCAGGAAAAGGUUUUUAUUCCUACCAUUCGAAACUGUGGCGCUAUUGUCAACGCGGAGUUUUUUCACUCGGGCUCUUAAUUGAUGAGUCGACGUUCUG